UACGAUGUAAUGGAGGAUUGUUGAAAUGUAUUUUUGAUAUGUAACCGGUGUCUGGGAAAUAAAUCGAUUGGGCGAAUUUGGCUUUUCAUUUACACCAUCCCCACAUAAUUUGGGGGCUCGUCCGGGAUACGGGAUGGUGGAAUAAAGAAAAAACAGACGAAGACUAUGAUGCCGGUGAUUUAACCUGAUUAAGAAUUUACGAAUUACGAACGAAGACUAAGAUUUAAAGAAGCUUAUGAUUAUACGAUUACGACUUGAAGACUAUAAAACUUUUUAUUUACAUUAUUCAACAUGCCGCCGAAACGAGUAAAAGAUGAUGAUGAUUGUGGUGAACCAUCGCCGCGUAUUUCCUUCAAUGACUUAGAGAAAUCAAUGACGCCAUUUUCGGGUGAUGAUGCCUAUGGCAUCGAAACAUUCGUAAAAGAUUUUGAAGAUAUUUCCUCUUUAAUGCAAUGGGGCGAAAUAGAAAAACUCAUAUUUUCGAAGCGGCUUCUCGCGGGAACCGCCAAGCUAUUUUUACGUUCACUAAGUGGGACCACCACGUGGGAUACACUUAAGUCUGAGCUCCGUGAGGAAUUUGGUAAGAAGUUGAACAGUGCAACUGUUCACAAGAGACUUUCAACUCGCCGGAUGAAGAUGAAUGAGACUCAUCAGCAAUAUUUUUUACAUAUGAAGGAACUUGCAGUACUUGGGAAUGUUGAAGAUGAAGCCCUGAUGGAAUAUGUCAUCGACGGUAUUAAAGACAGUGAGUCCAACAAAAAUAUUUUAUAUGGCGCUUGUAACAUUAAAGAAUUCAGAAAGAAAUUAGACAUUUAUUCAGAAAUUAAGAAAAAAUCAUAUUCACCUAAUAAGAUUCAAAGUAAUUCAGUAUCAAAGUCCAUUGGCAUGAAAAUUCAAAAAACACUACGAGUAAAGAGAUGUUUCAAUUGUGGAGAUUUAGAUCAUGAGUCGCCUAAUUGUACUAAAGGCAUUAAAUGUUUUAAAUGCAACUUGUUUGGCCAUAAAUCAACUGAAUGUUCUAAAAGUAUAAAAAAGAGUUUGGAAAUUAUGUCAACUAAAAAUAAUAUUGAUGUGAGACCUUUCAAGAAGCUGAAAAUAAAUAAUAUUGAUGUAGAAGCCCUGAUUGAUACCGGAAGCGAUGCUAAUUUAAUAAUUAUGUCUUAUUUUAGGAAGAUUCAAGGUGAAAAAUUGUUAUCUUAUAGUUCAGGAACAACAGAAACUUUAACUGGAAUAGCUGAAAAGGAAAUUUAUACAAAAGGAUCUUUCACAGCAAAAAUUGAAAUUGAUGAUUGUUAUUUUGAAACUUUAUUUUAUGUUGUUGAUGAUGGCGCUAUCCCUGUCAACAUUAUAUUAGGAAAUCCUGUACUGAAAGAAGUAGAAAUCAAUUUUAAAUCUGGAACUAUCACUGCAACAAGAAUAUUACACCUUACAAUGCUAGAGAAUGAAAAUGAAGAUAUCACAAAUAUUGAAAACAAAGAAUAUAAGAAUAAAAUACAGAAUAUUAUAAAAGAAUAUAACCCCAAAAGAUGUACUAAAGCAUCAAAUGUAAAACUUAAAAUAUUAUUAACCGAUGAUGUACCAGUUUAUCAGAAUCCACGACGAUUGUCACCUUUGGAGCUUAACAUUGUUGACAAACAGAUUAAAGAAUGGCUUGAUGAAGGAAUAAUAAAAACAAAAGGUGAAAUUAAACCUUCAGUGGAGAAAAUUGCCGCUGUAGAACAUUUUCAGACUCCUCACAAUAUAAAGUCACUUCAAAGUUUCCUCGGACUAACAGUUUUGAAGAUUUAUGAUCCGAAUUUAGAAACAGAACUACACACAGAUGCAAGUGCUGAAGGAUAUGGUGCUGUAUUAUUGCAAAGGAGUUUAACAGAUAAUAAGAUGCAUCCCGUUUACUACAUGAGCAAGAAGACAUCCGCUACUGAAAAAAAAAUGCUCCGCCUUGACUAUGACAUUGCAGAAAAAAGACUUACCUCCGAGAGUAGCUCGCUGGGCGCUCUUACUUGAAGAAUAUGACUACACGAUUGAACAUCGGCCUGCAGCAAGGAUGAAACAUGCAGAUGCUCUCAGCCGACAGCCUAUAAAGAAUAUAAUUGUACUUACCGAUACCGCAGCACGCCUGCGAAGAGCUCAAGAUGAUGAUCUGCAAAUAAAACUAAUAAAGAAAGUAUUAGAAAAGGAAUCUUAUGAUGACUAUGUUUUAGAGAAUGGAAUGUUAUGGAAGAUUAAGGAUGGAAAUAAAUUAAUGGUUGUACCUAAGAAAAUGCAAAAUGAAAUUAUAAGAAAACAUCAUGAAAACGGACAUUUUGGUUGUGUUAAGACUGAGGAAUUAAUAAAUAGAAAUUAUUAUAUGGAGAAUUUAAAAGAAAAGAUUAAAACAAACAUUGAUAAUUGCGUGGAAUGUAUACUUAAUUCAAAUAAAAGAGGAAAGAAGGAAGGAUUUCUACAUGUAAUAGAUAAAGGUGAUUUACCAUUGUCUACUUACCAUAUUGAUCAUCUACGACUGUUGACUCAUCUGGGACAGAUGAUUCUGCAGGAUGACCGUGUGGGAAUAGGAUAAAAUAUUAAGAUGUAUUUCAUGA